UUACCGAUACCAUUUCUCCAGCACCCGCUGCAGCACUGCAGUAGCUACCAGAGUUCGUUCGUGCCCCCGCCAGUCUCAUUCUGGUUUUCACGUCUGUAGUUUGUGUUCCUUCGUGUGAAAUCAUUGUUAUUUUCCACGAUUAUUGCCAAUUUCACUGGAAUCCACUCCAACUUACAUUGUAUUCAUUCAUGAACCGUUUGAAUGUUUUAUUCCAUUUGUUCGUUCCAUCUCAUUCCAAUUAACGUCUUCAGUGCUAGUGCCGCGAAACUAUAAUGUUGUGGUGUUCGUCGAAGACGUUGUUCGCCUGAUAACGAAAGAACAAGUUGAUCCCGAAUUUAGAACAAAUUGCAUCUAUCCCGUUGACUUAGACAUACAAACAUGUUGUGGAGACGAGGUUUGGGAGGUACGAUAACUAUUGGACUGGGAAUAGCGGCCGUCGCUAGUAAAUCAGACCAUGGAUUAACGUGUUAUUGUGAACACCAGUGUCCAAAUGGCCAACCAAAUGGAACGUGUACAACUUCCCGCUAUUCACAAUGUUUUAGUGCUGUUCAAGAAGAAUUAAAUGAAGAUACUGGUGAAUAUGAUCGAAUAGUAUCUUAUGGAUGUCUUGCAGCUGGUGAACAAGGCUUCUUACAAUGCAAAGGCGGAAACUCCUUGUAUGGUCGAGGCAUUCAAUGUUGCAGCACAGAUAUGUGUAAUAAAGACAUAACACCUAUGUACAUACCCCAUACUACAACCACUGUACCACCUAAAGUUCAUAUAAACUCUGUACCUUACAUAGCAUUUAUGCUGUCAAUGAUUACUUGUCUCCUAGUAUCUGUCAUUAUCAUGUGCUGGGUAUAUUUGAGGUACAGGAGAAGGGAAAAGAAUCGCCUACAUGCUUUACCGUCUACUGAUAGUUAUAUAUCUGGCAACAGUAACUUACUGCAAACGUUAAUUGGUCAUUCAUCUGGUUCUGGUUCUGGGAUACCACUACUCGUUCAAAGAACAAUUGCUAAGCAAAUACGAAUUGAACGUCAAAUUGGAGAGGGAAGAUUUGGUAAAGUUUGUUUAGCUAACUGGAGAGGUGAACACGUGGCUGUAAAAAUUUUUACCACCAUUAAUGAUCAAAGUUGGCUUCGUGAAACAGAAAUCUACCAAACUGUUUUGCUUAGACAUGAGAAUAUCUUAGGUUUCAUUGCGGCUGAUUUAAAAGUAAGCGCUGGAGGUGCUCAGAUGAUGUUGAUCACAGAAUAUCAUAAACGUGGUUCUUUACAUGAUUUUUUAAAAGAGAACACUAUUGAUACCGCUCAGCUUGUCAUUAUGGCACGUUCAAUUGCUAGUGGCUUAGCACAUUUACAUGAGCCAAUCAAUGGUACUCAUGGCAAGCCUUGUAUUGCUCACAGAGAUAUUAAAUCAAGAAACAUUUUGGUUAAGACUGAUGGAGAAUGUUGUAUUGCUGAUUUUGCUUUAGCUGUCCGAUAUGAUAGUAGAAGAAAUGAAAUUGAUAUUGCUCCUAACUCAAGAGUUGGUACAAGACGGUAUAUGGCUCCUGAAGUAGUCAAUGAUACAAUUGAUGUAACUUCAUUUAGUGCUUUUAAAGCUGCAGAUAUGUAUUCUACAAGUUUGGUAUUCUGGGAGUUAUGCAGGAGAAGCAGACAAAGUUGGCCAGUUGGUGGGUCACCUAUGCUUCAAGCAGAUGAAUAUAUGUUACCUUACGCUAACCUGGUUGGUUCUGAUCCUUCAGUAGAAGACAUGCGUUUAGUAUUGAUGGUACAAAGAGCAAGACCAGAUAUCCCUAUGAGAUGGAAAUGUGAUAAUAGAUUGAGAGUGAUUUCUGAACUUAUACAAGAGUGUUGGCAUCAAAAUCCAAAUGUAAGAUUGCCAGCAUUGAGAGUUAUGAAGACUCUGAGGAAACUAGAAGAUAGUGAAACUUUGGAAAGCAACAUUAAUCAUGUUUAAUAUUUUACAAAUUCAGCGUUAUAUUAUAUAUCAUUCUUCCUUUCAGCUUUAACAUUGCUGGAAUGCUGAAUUAGUCAAAUAUUAAACAUUAUUAAUGUUGCUUAAUAAAAUUUAUUAUAUUUUUGCCCAAGACUGUGUAAAUAAAAUUAAUUUAAUAUUACUAAAUUGCUAUUGUUGACUUCAAAUGAACAAUGAUGUUUCUAUUCAGUUUAUAUUUAGUUUAUGUGUGCCAUUAAUAUUAUUAAUGCAGGAUUUAAAAUGUUAAUAACUUGAAUAAAAAACAAUAAAUUGAGUAAAAAAUUCAUACUAAAAUCAGUAUUUUUUCCCAUUUAAGAAUAAAAAACCAUAUCUGACAAAUGAACACCUCUACUGUGUCUGCAUGUGUGUACUCCUUCAGUAAAGUCCAUGCAUGCAGACACAAUAGGGGUGCUCAUUUGUCGGAUAUUGUUUUUCAUUCAUAAAUGGGAAGAAGUGUUAGUUUCAUUGAUGUUGUUUUUUUAAUUAAAUUAUUAAUGUUCUAAAUGCGGUGUUAUUUUUGAAUGGCACAUUAUAAAUUAUUUUUUACUAGGAAAACAUUUACAAUAAACAAUCUUUGUUAUUUAUUUUAUUUACUUCAUUAUAAUAUUUUGUUUAUAUUAUGUUUUUUUUCAAAUGUAUACUUAGUAACUAGGAAAUAACAAGUCAACACCCAAAGUUUAUGUAAAAUGUAUAAAUAUGUAUAAUAUGUUUUAUUUUUGUUGAGAACAUUAGUGUUUUUGAGACUACAUUUUUAAUUAUUUAAAACUGCAACCACAUUGUGUUGCUCAUAAAAGACUUGUUUAACAUUUUUGUUUAAGUAUAAAUAAACUGUGUAUAUCUUAA